AUGUCUUAUUACAGCUAUAACCAUCAUCAACCAACAGCACCCGCUCCUUCGGUUUCGCAUAACCACCAUGGCGGUCGAAACCGGAGAGCACCGAGGCUCUCUGUAUCUCAAAACUCUCAGAAACAGUUUCGCGGUGUGAGGAGCAUGAAGGAGCUGAGUGAAUCUGUUUCCGUGAAUGCUUUCCGAUCACAGUUCGAAGCGAGCCGUUCUUUCGAUCUCGAGGAUGACAUGGAGUUUUGUCCCAAGCUGUUGACGGAGAUUGAUCUGGUGUCGAUUAGCAGUGCUUCUUCCGACCGAUCUUCAUUAUCCAGCAACUCACCUAAUGCUUCACCCACGCAGCACCCACAGCAAGUUGCUUCCAGCUUCUCUCUCAACUCUACCUCUCCAGCUUUUAUUCCUCCUACUUUCCAAACUCAACAGUCGAGCCUAAAGUUGCAUGCACCCGCCGCCACCCGGGCGCGCAACGCCAUCCCUAUCAUCAACCCCGCCAAUGGCCUGACGAUGUCCAGCCCGCCGCAGUCCGUUUCGCCUGCCCGAAUGCAGCACAUCGGCAGACGGUGGUAG